GCGCCUGGUGGGGCGCGCUCCCGGGAGGGCACGGGGUCCUCGGCCGCCUCGCACACCUGUACGGCCGGAGCGGUCGGGGGCGGAUUUCGCGGGCGCGCACAGGCCGGCUUGGGGGAGGCUCGCUCCGGGCUGCCUCCUGCCGAGGCCUGGCCGAGGCCCCUGCUGCCCCCAUCCAUCGGGUGGCUGGCCGAGGGGCGGCCUGCUUGCCAUACAGGUCUGACAGCAGACAUUAGUCUGCUCGGUGCCGCCGUUCCCACCGCCCCAGGGCUUUGCGCCUAGGGGAAGUGGACUUUCAUCUCUCUGAAGCACUGGGAUUCUUGGGAAGUGCCAAGGCGACGCAGGUGAUGUGGCCCAGUGAGGGCUUGUGGCUGCUGGCCAGAUCUGACCCUUACCCUGUCCUCCAGCCCUGCCCAUCUCGGCCCCAUGCCCCCCCCAGUCAGCCCCGGGACCCUGGCACUUAGCAGGCACGUGGCAGCCAAGGCCCUGUGACCAGGCCAGGGAGACGGGAGCUCUGGGGUUCCAGUCACCUGCCCCCCCAUGGAGCUGAGACCCUGGUUGCUAUGGGUGGUCGCAGCAGCAGGAGCCGUGGUCCUGCUGGCAGCUGAUGCUCAAGGCCAGAAGAUCUUUACCAACACCUGGGCCGUGCACAUUCCUGGAGGCCCAGCUGUGGCUGAUAGAGUGGCACAGAAGCAUGGCUUCCACAACCUGGGCCAGAUCUUCGGUGACUAUUACCACUUCUGGCACAGAGCAGUGACAAAGCGGUCCCUGUCGCCUCACCGCCCGCGGCACAGCCGGCUACAGAGGGAGCCUCAAGUAAAGUGGCUGGAGCAGCAGGUAGCAAAGCGAAGAGCCAAGAGGGACGUGUAUCAGGAGCCCACAGACCCCAAGUUCCCCCAGCAGUGGUACCUGUCUGGUGUCACUCAGCGAGACCUGAAUGUGAAGGAGGCCUGGGCCCAGGGCUUCACAGGCCAUGGCAUUGUGGUCUCCAUCCUGGAUGACGGCAUUGAGAAGAAUCAUCCCGACCUAGCAGGCAAUUAUGAUCCGGGAGCCAGUUUUGAUGUCAAUGACCAGGACCCCGACCCACAGCCUCGAUAUACACAGAUGAAUGACAACAGGCAUGGCACUCGCUGUGCCGGGGAAGUGGCAGCGGUGGCCAACAAUGGUGUCUGUGGUGUAGGUGUAGCUUACAAUGCCCGAAUUGGAGCACCCCUUUUCCCACCCCCUCUGCGGCCAGGGGUGCGGAUGUUGGAUGGCGAGGUGACUGAUGCAGUAGAGGCACGUUCGCUGGGCCUGAAUCCCAACCACAUCCACAUCUACAGCGCCAGCUGGGGCCCUGAGGACGACGGCAAGACCGUGGAUGGACCAGCCCGGCUCGCUGAGGAGGCCUUCUUUCGGGGAGUUAGCCAGGGCCGAGGAGGGCUGGGCUCCAUCUUUGUCUGGGCCUCAGGGAAUGGGGGCCGGGAACAUGACAGCUGCAACUGUGACGGCUACACCAACAGCAUCUAUACGCUGUCCAUCAGCAGCGCCACACAGUUCGGCAAUGUGCCCUGGUACAGUGAGGCCUGCUCCUCCACACUGGCCACCACCUACAGCAGUGGCAACCAGAAUGAGAAGCAGAUUGUGACAACUGACCUGAGGCAGAAGUGCACAGAAUCUCACACAGGCACCUCGGCUUCUGCCCCCUUGGCAGCUGGUAUCAUUGCUCUCACCCUGGAGGCCAACAAGAACCUCACCUGGCGGGACAUGCAGCACCUGGUGGUGCAGACCUCAAAGCCGGCCCACCUCAACGCUGAUGAUUGGGCUACCAACGGCGUGGGCCGCAAAGUGAGCCAUUCAUAUGGCUACGGGCUGUUGGAUGCAGGCGCCAUGGUGGCUCUGGCCCAGAACUGGACAACAGUGGCCCCCCAGCGGAAGUGCAUUGUUGAAAUCCUGGUGGAGCCCAAGGACAUCGGCAAACGGCUAGAGGUGCGCAAGGCGGUGACGGCAUGCCUGGGUGAGCCCAACCACAUCACCAGGCUGGAACACGUUCAGGCCCGGCUCACCCUGUCUUACAAUCGCCGCGGUGACCUGGCUAUCCACCUCAUCAGCCCCAUGGGCACCCGCUCCACCCUGUUAGCUGCCAGACCACAUGACUACUCUGCUGAUGGGUUUAAUGAUUGGGCUUUCAUGACAACCCAUUCCUGGGAUGAGGACCCGGCUGGCGAAUGGGUCCUAGAGAUUGAAAAUACCAGUGAAGCCAACAACUAUGGGACGCUGACCAAGUUCACUCUCGUUCUGUAUGGCACAGCCCCCGAGGGGCUCUCUGCACCUCCAGAAAGCAGCGGCUGCAAGACCCUCACAUCCAGCCAGGCCUGCGUGGUGUGUGAGGAAGGUUACUCUCUGCACCAGAAAAGCUGUGUCCAGCACUGCCCACCAGGCUUCAUCCCCCAAGUCCUUGAUACACACUACAGCACUGAGAAUGAUGUGGAGAUCAUCCGUGCCAGCGUCUGUACCCCCUGCCAUGCCUCAUGUGCCACUUGCCAGGGCCCGGCUCCCACAGACUGCCUCAGCUGCCCCAGCCAUGCCUCCCUGGACCCAGUGGAGCAGACCUGCUCCCGGCAAAGCCAGAGCAGCCGGGAGUCUCGGCCUCAGCAGCAGCCUCCUGCACUGCGCCCUGAGGUGGAGAUGGAGCCCCGGCUGCAGGCUGGGCUGGCCUCUCACCUGCCCGAGGUCCUGGCCGGCCUCAGCUGCCUUAUCAUCGUGCUCAUCUUUGGCAUCGUCUUCCUGUUCCUGCAUCGGUGUUCGGGCUUCAGCUUCCGGGGAGUGAAAGUGUACACCAUGGACCGUGGCCUCAUCUCCUACAAGGGGCUGCCCCCUGAAGCCUGGCAGGAGGAGUGCCCAUCGGACUCGGAAGAGGACGAGGGCCGGGGCGAGAGGACCGCCUUUAUCAAAGACCAGAGCGCCCUUUGAUGAGCCCACUGCCCACCCUAUCAAAUCGAUCCCUUCCUCGGGCACUUUUUAAUUCACCAAAGUAUUUUUUUAUCUUGGGACUGGGUUUGGACCCUAGCUGGGAGGCGAGAGGGGCAGAGACUGCUUCUUACCCCACCCUUGGGCCUACCUGUUUGCCUGAGGUGGGGUCCCAGGAGCCUCACCCCUACCACCCCUCCAUGUGGAGGAAAGAGUAAAUCUUUAGGGCAGCUUCCGUGGCCCAGCUGGACUUCCCGCAGAGUGAAGAGGGGCGGCCUCUCUCUGAGUCCCUGACCAGGCUGCAGCCCUGCCCCUUCCCUUCCCUGCCCCUCAGAAAGCAAUAAUGGUUCCCAUCCAGGCAACAGGGAGGCUGGCUAGGAGGUACUUGAAGAAGGCGGCCACCUCUCCAAGGGCUUUUGCAUCCCCUGACCCUCUCUGGCUCACAGAUGAGCCUCCGAAGAAGCUGCAGUCAUAGGAAGGGACCAAAGCAAAGCAGGCACCUCCCAGUGUGCCUGUACUUUCUUGCUCUCAGCCUGCCUCUGCACUCCAGGCCUCCACCUCCGUGGAAGCCAGGCUGAGCUAGGCCAGCACGGGCCAGCAGAGCUAAAGCUCUGGGGGCCUUGCUGGUGUCUGACCAUCCUCUAUGGCACCCUCCCCCCUUGCCAGGGCCCUGUUUUCUGAGCCCGGGGCUGCCUGGGCUGUUGGCAGUUACAGUACAGGAGCCCCUGGGUGGGUGGUGGGGAGGGACGGUGGCCCAGCCGGCUCCUCCCGCCUCCCACCCGAUGCUGCUUUCCCCUGUGGGGAUCUCAGGAGCUGUUUGAGGAUAUAUUUUCACUUUGUGAUUAUUCACUUUAGAUGCUGAUUUUUUUUUUUUGUAUUUUUAAUGGGGGUAGCAGCUGGACCCUUGACCUUCUCAUGCCCACACCCACCCUGCCCUUCCCAUGGCUGCCCAGCCCUGAGGUAUAGGGAAUAACUAAGCCCCACGUCCUGAAGAGGCAGGCCAGCCAGGUGGGCUCUAGGAAAGGGGGUCAUGGUGGGAGGGGUAGGCUGACAUCAUCUGUUUCAAAUGGGGUUGUGCCAAGGGCUUAUGGGUCGCUGGCUCUCCAAGUGCCAGGGGUGGGCAGGUGGCACCACCAAGCCCUUUCUAACACUGUGCCCUGGUGGAGAAAGCAUUGACCUAUGAUGCCCCCAAACCCCCUCUUCUGAUGUGCCUUUUGCACCCUUCCCAUUAGGACAAUCAGUCCCCUCCCACUUGGGCUCCCCUAAACCCCCCCCCGUUUUCUUUUCCCUAGCCCUUCUCAGUACCCAGCCUACCUGUCCAGGGGUGCCCCUUGCUCUCCUGCCCACCCCUCACGGCCAUCCAGGCUGGUUUUGUAAGAUGCUGGGUUGGUGCACAGUGAUUUUUUUUUCCUUGUAAUUUAAACAGGCCUGGCAUUGUUGGUUCUAUUUAAUGGACACGAGAUAAUGUUAGAGGUUUUAAAGUGAUUAAACGUGCAGACUAUGCAAACCAA